UGUAUAAGUGUUAUGCAGUGAACGCCAUUUGCCAAACAAAAAACACAAACAAACAAAACAUUGGUUUCCAUUGCAAUAGUAAUAGCAAUGAAUUCAAUAUAAAUGAAUGGAUUUAACCAUCGAUUGAAUUGAAAGAUAAAAACAAACAAAAGUAUUGCUAUUAUUAGUAUAUUAUCACCGGUUUUAUCAAAUUAUAAGACAUAAAGAAGAAGAAGAAGAAGAUUAAGACUUUUUAUUCAACAAAAAAUAAAUAAAAAAAAUGGAUUUAUCGUCAAUCGAGUUGACAAAUGUCGAGUCUUCAGCACCGCUGAUGCGAUCGCUCAGCAAAAGCGAAUCGCUGUUUACCGAAGAACGAGUGGACACCGAGUUUGGUCAGCUAUGUGUUGCCCAACAGGGCGCCGACCCGAGCCUACAGAAGCCGAUUAUCCUAACCUAUCACGACUUGGGUCUCAAUAGUGUAUCCAAUUUUCAGGCCUUUUUCAACUACAUCGACAUUAAGCUAUUGCUCCAGAGUUUCUGUGUCUAUCAUCUGAACGCUCCCGGUAUGGAGGAAUCGGCUCCACCGCUACCCGACAACUAUGUCUAUCCGACAUUGGAUCAGAUGGCACAACAGGUUCACACUGUUUGCAAAUACUACAACAUCAAGUCGUUCAUCGGUUUCGGUGUUGGCGCCGGCGCUAACAUACUGUGCCGCUAUGCACUGACCAACCCGGACAAAGUGGACGGUCUGUUUCUGAUAAACCCGACAUCGACGGCCUCGGGUUGGACUGAAUGGCUGUACCAGAAGGUCAACAUCUAUUAUUUGGGCUCAUUUUCGCCUCCAUCGGCGGCCGCCGACACCAACGGUUCGCAAUUCCCGUCGUGGACACAAAACUACCUCAUGUGGCAUCACUUCGGCAAACUAACCGAAGACCGAAAUCGUGAUCUGGUCGAAACCUAUCGCAAAUAUUUUACCGGCAAAUCGAUGAACGCACGCAAUCUAUCGCUGUUUACCGAUUCGUAUAUCAAACGAACCGAUUUGAAUAUAACGCGCGGCGGCGACAAAAACGAUCAGUUCAAGUGUUCAGUACUCGUUCUAUGCGGUUGUCUAUCGCCGCACGUGGACGACACGGUUACUAUGAACUCGCGUCUCGAUCCGGCCAACUCAACCUGGAUGAAACUAUCUGACUGUGCAAUGGUUCUCGAGGAACAACCGGCUAAAGUAUCCGAAGCGUUUCGUUUGUUUCUCCAGGGUUUGGGCUACGCCCUGACCGCCUACGAACGUCGCCGAUCAUCUCUGCGCAAAAUGAGUACAUCAAGCGGUGAUGCCAUCAAUGGCAACAACAAUCCAGUCAUCAAUGGAUUCCAACUGAACGGUGACGACACUAGUAGUCGUAAAAACUCGAUCGACGAAGAGGUCGGUAACGAUGAUGAUGGCAAUGAUGGCAAACCCAUACACAUUGUCGAGAAUCCAAUAGUAGAGGCUUCUUGUUAGGUGUCGUUCCCCUCUCAUCCAAUCCACUCAACCCCUACUGA